GCUCAUGCCGCCCGGAUGAGGGAGAUUGUCCCGGGCCUCCUCCUUGGAAACGUCGAGGCUUCCCACCACCGAGAGAUGCUUCGAGAGAAUCGUAUCAACGCUAUAGUCUCACUCACUGAUGCCCGGUGGGUAUGGUGGAAUAGCAGCACACGGGAGGCGGGUGUUCCCGAGCGUCGACACCUCUGGGUUCAGUGUGGAGAUUCAUCGACGCAGGACCUUCUUGUCCGUCUGAGUGAGAUCUGCGACUUCAUUGACCAGAUGGCUGCACCGGCCCUACGAUCAUCGACCACCUUACCGACCCGACACGCCCCGGAAUCGAGUGUCAAGCCGAAUGACCCCCCGUCCGAGGCCGUCCUGGUCCACUGCGACUUGGGCAUCUCACGUUCUCCGACCGUCAUCGUUGCCUAUCUCAUGCGCAAGUACGGCGCAAGGCGAGAGGAUGCCCUAGCAUUUGUCCAGUCGAAACAGAGAGUCAAACCCAGUGCCAAUCUCACCCGGCAACUGCAAGUUUGGGAACAAGUCGGAUAUCACGUGUGGGAGAACGAUGAGAAGACCGUUCCGAAGGCCCCGUAUCAGGCAUUCCUGGAUGACCGAGCCGCCCUUCUGAAGGAGAAGGGGUGCACGGGAGACGAGCCUCUAGCACUGAAAACCCUCUAG